UUUAUGUUUGUUUCUUCAUGACUGCUGCGUCCGGGAGCGCGUCUGCAUCACUACCAUGCGAGCCCAAAUUGAAGUUAUACCAUGCAAAAUCUGCGGGGACAAGUCAUCAGGGAUCCAUUAUGGGGUCAUCACUUGUGAGGGAUGUAAGGGGUUCUUCAGGAGGAGUCAACAGAACAAUGCUGCAUACUCUUGUCCAAGGCAACGCAACUGCCUGAUUGACCGCACCAACCGCAACCGAUGCCAGCACUGCCGGCUGCAGAAGUGCCUGGCACUGGGCAUGUCCCGAGAUGCGGUAAAGUUCGGCCGCAUGUCCAAGAAGCAGCGCGACAGCCUGUACGCGGAGGUCCAGAAGCACCAGCAGCGUCUGCAGGAGCAGCGGCAGGCCCAGACGGGCGAGGCCGAGGCCCUGGCACGCGUCUACUCCUCCGGCCUCUCCAACGGACUGGGCGCGCUCAACCACGAGCUGGGCGGCGGCUACACCAACGGCCACGCCCACCUCAUCGACAUGCCCAAGAACGGGCACGUGCAGAACGGAGGGGUGGGCGUGGUUAACGGCGGCGGAGGGCCGGGGGGAGGCGGCUUCUACGGCAUGGACUCCACCCAGCCGUCGCCAGACCAAUCAGGGCUGGACAUGGCCGGGAUGAAGCAGAUCAAACAGGAGCCCAUCUACGACCUGACGCCCGUGCCCAACCUGUUCAGCUAUGGGGGGUACCCCGAUGCUCAGCUCACACCCGGGGUGUCCAUGGGGGAACUAGACCGCAUUGCCCAGAACAUCAUCAAGUCCCAUCUGGAGACGUGUCAGUACACAGCAGAGGAGCUGCAGCAGCUGGCCUGGCAGACACACUCCUAUGAGGAGGUCAAGAUGUACCAAAGCAAGACACGAGAGGCUCUGUGGCAGCAGUGUGCGAUCCAGAUCACCCAUGCCAUCCAGUAUGUGGUGGAAUUUGCCAAGCGCAUCACCGGCUUCAUGGAGCUCUGUCAGAACGACCAGAUCCUGCUGCUCAAGUCAGGUUGUCUAGAGGUGGUGCUGGUUCGGAUGUGCCGGGCGUUUAACCCCCUCAACAACACCGUCCUGUUUGAGGGCAAAUAUGGCGGCAUGCAGAUAUUCAAAGCACUAGGCUGUGAUGAUCUGGUGAGUGCAGUCUUUGACUUUGCCAAGAGCCUGUGCUCCCUCCAGCUCACCGAGGAGGAGAUAGCCCUCUUCUCAGCAGCCGUCCUCAUCUCCACAGAUCGUCCAUGGUUGAUGGAGCCCAGGAAGGUGCAGAAGCUCCAGGAGAAGAUCUACUUUGCCCUGCAGCACAUCAUGCAGAAGAACCACAUGGAUGAGGAUGCGCUCGCUAAGCUGAUUGGUCGGAUCCCGACGCUGGCGGCCCUGUGCACCCUGCAUACGGAGGAGCUGCAGGCCUUCCAGCAGUUGCACCCUGAGACCGUCAACGCCCUCUUCCCGCCCCUCUACAAGGAGCUCUUCAACCCUGACGCCGCCGUCAACAUGCCCAAGUGA